AUGCCCUUCAAGCGACCUGCCCCUCAACCACAUGAGGACGACGACUCCCAAUCCGAGUCUUCUUCCUCCAUCCUUCGGUCAUCCAAGCACGCGCGGCUUUCCCCGUCGGAUAAGGCUCUCCCUGAAGUGAAGAUAUACAUCGUUCAGGCCAAGCUUGAUGUAGCGACGAUCUCUGAGCUCUUCCUCCUCGCAGAACGACACACCGCCGCAGUCUGCAGACAUGCCGAGGACGCAGACGUGAUUAUCACCGCUGUGAGCAUGCGCAGACGGCUGGAGAGACACGUUCCCUGGGAACUUGCCGUGAGUAUUUUCGUCGUGCUGGCUCUGCAUUCCAAGUUGUAUGCAGGACUUCUCUACUCUUGA